UUCUACACCACGCAAAUCCACCAUGGCUGAGGUGAACACUGCCCCAAGGCCCGACCUAGCGGCCGACCCAAAGUCCGAUCCACCGGUGCAAGCCCCUAGCCACGCCGAGACACAAGCUGGCGGCGGGACCGCAAGCUACAGCGACAAGGAUUCGCUUGUCGUCGAUAAAGUGAACCCCAAGCUAGACGGCCACAUUUCGAAGCUGUGGAGAGAGCUCGAGGACGAGUUCCAUGUCUCCACAAAAGAUGGACGACAAGGCUUCUUCUCAAAGGAGCAAUCACAUGCUCCCGAUACCAUCCCUGUCGGCGAAGACGGGGUCUGGACACAUGAGCAUCUCAGGCGUUACUUUCAGUCCCACCAUGCCAAUGCUAUGUCCCGUCCCGGGGACCUGGAUCUCAGCUUUCCCAUCUCCAAUUACUUCAUCUCCUCCAGCCACAACACCUAUUUGACGGGGAACCAGCUCUACAGCAAUUCCAGCACGGACGCCUACAAAAACGUCUUGCUGCGAGGCUGCAGAUGCGUGGAGAUCGACGUCUGGGAUGGCGACGUUCCUUCGGCUCCCAGCAGCAGCGACGAGGAUGAGGAGGGACAGACUAAGAGCCUGGGUUCGCGCCUUAAGGCUAAAUUGGGGAUGAAAAAGUCACGAGCUCCCGACGAGCCGGAACCCAAGGCAACUGUCCAAGCGAAGUCGCAGCCCUCGCGCCCCAGCACGGCCGAAGACGACAUGCCGAAGCCGACUAGAACUAUUUCCGGCCGGCCGGAACCUAGAGUUUUCCACGGAUACACCGCGACCAAAGAAAUCUCGUUCAGAGCUGUCUGUGAGACGGUCCGUAAAUAUGCUUUUGCUACUUCCGACCUUCCUCUUAUCGUCAGCCUUGAGGUCCACACAUCCUUGGACCAACAGGAAGUCAUGGCUGACAUCAUGCGCGAAUGCUGGGCAGGCAUGCUCUUGGAGCGCCCUCCUGCGCAUAUGAUAGAGGAUCCAUCAAAGAUGAUCCUGCCUCCUCUAUCAAAGCUCAUAGGCAAGAUUCUGAUCAAAGUCAAAUACUCUCCUCCGAAGGCCCCGACCCCCGCCCCUGAGAAGAGGUCUCUUCGUAGGCAACCGGAGAUUCCUCCUGACACCUCGAGCUCUUCGUCUUCGAGCUCGGAUGAUGAAGCGGCUGCGGAGCCAAAGCAGCCAAAGAAAAAAAUUGCAGACAAGCUCAGCGAGCUUGGAAUUUACACCAGAAGCUGUCACUUCAAGAGCUUUGACCAGCCGGAGGCCCAAAUCCCGACUCACAUUUUCUCCUUGUCAGAGGGGACGCUGAUGGAAGUGCAUGAACGGUACCCGGAUGCGUUGUUCUCUCACAACAAGAAAUACCUCAUGCGCGCUUACCCUAAAGGCACGCGUCUGCGGUCUUCAAACCUCGACCCUGCCGUCUUCUGGCGACAAGGCGUGCAAGUCGUCGCUCUCAACUGGCAAAAGUGGGACGAAGGCAUGAUGCUCAAUGAAGGCAUGUUCGCAGGGACGGCAGGCUGGGUGCUUAAGCCCGAAGGCUACCGUAGCGAGUCCCCAGCCACGCGCAAUUACCACGCGAACACGUACGGCACGCUCGACCUGGACAUUGAAGUCCUCGCCGGCCAGGAUAUCCCGCUUCCGCUGGGUGAGGACAAUGCCAAGGGCUUCCAGCCGUACGUCAAGUGCGAGCUGCAUAUUGAAAAGCCAGAGGAGAGGGGUGGUGAGUAUGUUCCUGGUGGUGGAAAGAGCAAGGAGGGCGAGAUUAAGCGCAAGACGAAGACGUCGAAGGGUGUGGACCCGGAUUUCGAGCGCGAGUUGCUGAGUUUCCGCGGCUUGACGGGCGUGGCGGCGCAGUUGACUUUUGUGCGAUUCAAAGUCAUGGACGACGAAUUCGGCAGAGAUGACCUUGCAGCAUGGGCCUGCUUCCGACUCGACAGACUAGCAACCGGCUUCCGCAUGAUCCACCUCUUCGACGCCAACGGCGUGCAGUCCAAGGGCGUGCUGCUGGUGCGCAUCACGAAGCGCUUCGUACCGGAGAAGGGGGUGGCACAUGUGCCGAAGCUGGCGAUGCAGGCAAGGCCGCCGGUGAAGGGCGUGCCGGAGCUGGAGAGAGGGGAGCAGAAAGAGGCGCUGAAGGAGAAGCAGGUGGAGCCGCAACUGCCGAAGGAAUUGCAGCAGCCGCCGCCGGAGGCGCCGAAGGCGCAGCAGUCGCCAGUGGAGGUGCCGAAGGUCCAGCCAGUCCAGGAACAGGCCGUGCAGCAACCGGUUCCGCAGCCGGAGCCGCUGACGAUAGAGCAGCAAUGGGUCUCGCAGCCGGAGCCGCAGCCUGUGCCGCAGAAGCUGGAAUCUCAGCCUCAACAGCCUCAACAGCCUCAGCAGCCUCAGCAGGUUCAGCAGCAGGAACAGCCACCGCAGCGCCCCCAGCCGACGCGCGUGUCCACGCAGCCACCACAGAUCCCGCAGCUGGACAUAGGUGACGAGCUAGGCGAGGAGCUGGACGUGCUGAGCUUCGAGGGGGAUAAAUAAACGGGCACGCACUCGCAUUAUUCAUAGCUAACAGAGCAAGCAUCGAUGCGUCUGGUUGAGGUGUUGAUGAGACUAGAAUGAGCUGAGUUGUGGUUAGUAGCGUGCAUCUUGAUUGUUAGCAUACAUGGAGACCGCAGAGAGAGAAAUGGUGUUUCUUUUAUUGUUUAUGCAUGUGUUGAUAGGCAGGCAUGAUAUUGUUUCUUCCUGCCCUAUAGAUUAAAACAAACCAAAGCGAAACAAAUACUUCCUCGUUCC